AUGUACACACCAUCUUUGAGACGAGAGGUCGCUACAGAAACGGGAUCAAAAUUGGCAUCUAAAUGGGGUACAGGCUUUAUUGAGACGAGCGCAAAGAACAAUGACAACAUCACAGAGCUAUUCCAACAACUGUUAGCACUCGAAAAGAAGCGUACAUUGGCGUUGACCAUGGAGGAUCCUGAGGGGAAAGGUGCAAAACGUAAAGGGUGCUUGAUCAUGUAG